UCUCUUGCCUAUUCAACUGGUCUCGCGAGAGUGGGGUGACUUGCGUGAAAUAAAUUAUCCGGUGUUGGUCUCCGAGGCUAACCAGCUAUCAUGGGGAACAUUUUUGGCAACCUUUUGAAGAGUCUUAUUGGGAAAAAGGAGAUGCGUAUUUUGAUGGUCGGGUUGGAUGCAGCUGGGAAGACCACAAUCUUGUACAAACUGAAGCUGGGAGAGAUAGUGACUACCAUUCCUACUAUUGGUUUUAACGUGGAGACUGUUGAGUACAAAAAUAUCAGUUUUACAGUGUGGGAUGUUGGUGGCCAGGACAAAAUCCGACCACUUUGGCGUCACUACUUCCAGAACACACAAGGUCUGAUCUUUGUGGUGGACAGCAAUGACCGUGAGAGAGUGAAUGAGGCCAGAGAAGAGCUGAUGAGGAUGCUGGCUGAGGAUGAACUUAGAGACGCUGUACUCCUCGUUUUUGCCAACAAGCAGGAUCUGCCAAAUGCCAUGAAUGCUGCAGAAAUCACAGAUAAGCUGGGUCUUCACUCCCUGCGCCAUCGCAACUGGUACAUCCAGGCCACUUGUGCCACCAGCGGAGACGGUUUAUAUGAGGGUCUGGACUGGCUGGCCAACCAGCUCAAGAACAAGAAAUGAGGCAGACCGGAUCUAAGAGUAACUGGUGUGGGCGAGGAGACACCUGAGUGACAGCUCAUCAGGGAGCACUAGUGGUUUCCAAGUUUCUUUCAUUCUGUUUACAAGCUGAGACCAACAGGAGCCGGGUCAUUUCAAACAGCGUAACCCCUUGCUAUGUCCCACUUAACAGAUCCGUGAGAUGAUUGGGGAAGCACCCAUGAUUCACAUUCAUAUUUACUAGUGAAGAUAGACAUGUUUUGCUAUUCUCGUGUGAUUCAAACAUCUCAGUUUGUUGUGUCUCUACACUGUAAAUGUAUAAAAGACAUUAACAGGGAGUGAAUGAAAAGCUUUUACUUAUAUUAAUACUUUGGGAGACACUCUUAAAUGCAGGUCAUUUAAACUAUAUUAACUGCACUGAUAGAUGAGAAACCUGUUGAUUCAGUUUCCUGAAAUAUUUAAAUAAAAUCAAGUGAAGUGUUAUUCAGAAAACAAUGAAGAAACGUGUUUUUUGCUACAGUGGUGUUGUUUUGCUACUGAAAAUUAAAUAUUCAUUGUGAUUUAUUAUUAGCAUAUCAGCCAGACUUCAUGACUGUCAGUGAUUAUGCUCUUAUUGCAUGUAUUCACCAGUGUCUCUGCACAGGUCGCUGAGCAAGCUUUGGUUAGUGCUGUUGUAUGUAAAUAGAUAGAGGAUGUCUUGUCUUGGCAUGCGUAGUUUGCGACUAUUAAAUAGCACAUUGUUUUGUGUACAAGAACUGUUUCUUUUGUGCUGAUAAUGUUCACUACACAAGCUUCUGUUCUGUUGUGGAGCUAAAUGUGUUUGUUUCGCCGACUGUAUCCGCUGCUCUUGUGUCGUGCUGUGUAGACAUCGCUCAUUGAUUGUGUCAUUGCAUUCACGUUAGUGAUUUUUUUUUUGCUAGUGUUGCAUGGGAAGAUCUGAGGAGCUAAACAAGAUUAGACUGGAAAGAGUGUCGAAGAGACUUUAAAGUCUCUAAUAGUCUACUAAUAGACUCAAAUAUUUAUGGUUGCUAGUAUUCUCAUGAAUGAAGUGUGUGUGUGUAUAUUACAUGCUUAAUAAAGUAUGCACUUACUUUAUCUGAUAA